UAACUUGGUAAAAUUGAGGAAAGGAAAACUCGCGCUGUGUGUUAUAAUUACAUCUCUUUGUUUUCUAACUGAGAUAUUAUAUCAUGUAUACUAAAGCACUAAUAGUAUUAACAACAAUAUUGGCACGAGAUAUUCAAGUUAAUUUUUCAUUUUUCUAAAAAGUGAACAUCCCUGUUCUUUGUUAAGCAGAAUAUUAAAAUAUGGGAAGAAAAGGAUCAAAGAAGCAAGCACUCAAAUUUGAGCGAGAACACUUACUUAAAGAAGUUGCAUCCUCUGAUGAUGCUGGAACAAAUGCUUUGCAAGUACCUUCGCCAUCGAAGCGGGAACGCAGGAAAUCUGUUUGGGCACCUGCUGCGACGGCUACAAAAUUUGAGGAUGUGCCCGUUUAUACAAUCUGCCCAUAUUGUAAUCAAAAAGUCGUGACGAAAACACAUUUCAAACGUGGACGCAAAAAUUGGUACUGUUGCUUUUGUCUGCCAUAUUUUCUCGAUGUAUUCAAAGACGUCAUUCAUUCAUGUCCAAAAUGUAACCGACAAAUUUCGAUAUAUAAUCGAUUUCGAUUGGGCUUCUUCAAACGUGAUAACAUGAGUAACACUAGCGCUGAAAAUGGUAACCAUAACAACAAUGCAAUUGACGUAAAUGAGGAAAUCAAAUAAAUUUGCAUAAAUUAAAAUUUUUAUAGAAGAUUGGACAAACACAAAAAUUGUUCAUUUGUUUGGUAUUGUGGAGCUUGUUUCACAUUUUAUUUUGUAGUUUUUCUCAAAUAUUUCUUGAGUAUAUCGGAUUACAUAUUGUCUGUCAAAUUGGAAGAGAAGUCCGAAGUAUUUUGGAAUAUAACCUUAAGUAUAUUGAGAACGAAAGAAUUUAAAAGAUAUUGCUGAUAUGGUUAUUUUUAAGAAAAGAUAUUGCGGAAAGAUAUUGCUUUAGUACUUGAAAGAUAUUGUUUGAGGUUUAAAAGAAAUUGAUUGAAUACUUGAAAGCUAUUGUUUGAGUGGUUUCAGAUAGAACUUCAGAAUCACCUCACAGCUUCAACAUUUUGCAUUUAUACACGCGCUGGUCUAUAUAAGACGAAUACAAGCUUCUUUUCCGAGCAAAAUAAAGAAAAAUGAAUGCAUUGAGACUACAUUCGUUUCACUUAUUCCUUGGCAAGUAAUAUGAAUAUUAAUGAUGGACAUAACAGAUGAAGACAUUGUUAAUUGGAAUAUUUUGUUAAAAAACCAACUCAAAGCAAACGAGAUAAAUGGUCAUGAUUCCAUGGUCAGUUUGUCAAUAAUAAAAAUUGAGGAAUAUUUUAUUGAUUGCGUUAGUAAUUGGAUGAUGCAAAAGAUUUGAUAAAAGUAUUUUGGAUAGUGUAAUUAUGUUUUAGUUUAGCUAUUUUUAUGCUUUAUUUCCUUCAGCAUUUUGAAAUACUAAAUAAUCGGAAUGGAAAAAUAAGCAAAUAAUGUAUUAAUUUAUGAAAAUGACACAAGAUUUUAAACUGUUUUAGUCCAUCUCUUAAAGUUUAAUCGACUUACGUCUCGUACUGUAUCACAACAAUUCGGGUUCCAAAUUUCCAAAUUUUUAAAAUAUAGACUUUUUUCCUCUAGAUUAAUCCCUUUGUUUUUGUUGUUAGCUACCUAUUCCUAAACUGACCCCUUCCGUACAUGGCUAGAAAGCUACGACUUGCUAAGAUAGCCCUUUUUAAGUGAGUGCUUUCGUUAUUUUUAGAUCAAAAGCAAUAAAGGUAGAGCAAAAAAUAUAAAUAAGUCGACACUGAUUUUUUUCAACAUUCAUACUUAGCAAAAGAUGACGGUGGCCAGUAAAGUCACAAUCUAUCGUCAACUAGUGGCUUCAGGCCUAUUAUUUCCUUUUUUCAUGUGCAUGCUGUAACUUGUGCCAUUCCCAAGAUAGACCAUUUUAAGUUUGUAAUUUGCAAAAAAGAACAUUAUAAGUGUAUGAUUUUCAAGAUAAAAGUUCUAUGUGUGUGAUAAGCAAGAUUGGACAUUUUAAGUGUAUGAUUUGCAAGACAGAUCAUUUUAAGUAUGUGAUUUGCAAUAGAGAACAUUUUAAGUGUAUGAUAUGCAAGAUAGAACAUUAUGUGUGAUUUGCAAAAUAGAACUUUCCAAAUUUGCGAUUUGCAAGAUAGAACAUACUAAGUGGGUGAUUCGCAAGAUAGGACAUUCUAAGUGUGUGAUUCGCAAGAUAGGACAUUCUUAGUGGGUGAUUCGCAAGAUAGGACAUUCUAAGUGUGUGAUUCGCAAGAUUAAACUUUCUGAUGUUCAUGAUGUGAAAUUCUAAGUGGGUAAUUUACAAGAUAGGACAUUCUAAGUGUGUGAUUUGCAAGAUAGAACAUUCUAAGUGUGUGAUUCGCAAGAUAGAAAGUUUUGCCGCACAACCAUGGUGGCAAAUAGAUUAUUUAAUUCGCUUUUAAUAUAACAGAAUGGGUUUAAUGCAUCAGUUAAGAUAAAUCUGUACACAAUAACUAGUUAUUGUGUAAGUUAUUGUGCAUUAUAUUUAAUAUGAGCAUAAUUUUUCGAUUCAACAUAAAGAUGAUUAACAGCUUAGCAUCAUUAACAAAUGAAUUUAAUUUAUAUAAUACAAUAUGCAGUAAUAAUAAUGAUGAAUAAAAUGUGUAAACAUAAUUCACCCCUAUGAAUGCAAUUUUAUUGAAUAAUUUUUCUGUAUACUUUAAAAAAUAUGCUUAAAUGAUAUUUUACUUUCACGGUUGACCUGGUUUACAAUGUUUGAAGACUGUGCAGCAACCUCAGACAGCAUGUUUCAACUAUAGUACAACCAUUUUCGUUGCUGUCUACAUUCUUCAAACAACAGUGAUAAUGUUGACUACAUUCUAAAAACAUUUCGGUAUUGUAUGAUAAAAAGACGAACAUGCGAUUUCAUACUUUGAUUUUGGUCGCUCUACUCGAAUUGGUACGAAAUUCCGACACUUUACCAGCCUAUCGGCGAUUUACACGUCGUGACGUGCCGCUAAUACAUCCGUCACAAUGGCGUCCAGAAGACAGCACGAUGGAUUUUAUUCCGCAACGUGAGGUUAACAUAAAAGAUGUGAUGAUUCGGAACGGUAUACUGAAAAAUCUGGUGUUGAGAGCGUAGAGGUUUCCAUCAAGGAGUUGUUUCAAUGCAAAUGGUAGCUAUCAACGUGAAGAAGCUAUCUUCCACUGCUCUUGGUACGAAGAAAGAGACAAUGUACUCCCUACGAAUCGGGAAAGCAAUAAAAAACGAAAUUCGCGAAAUUGUUGAGAUAAACCUAAAAAUUUCGUGUUUCAUUUUUUUUUUUUUUUACGAAAUUGGAGAUGUUGACAACAAUUUACAGCUGGUGAAAAAAAGGAAUAAUUGAUUUCACUUUACAAUGGGAAAUCAAAAAGAGCGGAAGAAACACUUUCGCAAAAUCCGCAGCUAACAUUUUUUAAUUUAGGCUUUAGGGAAAAUUUGGCAAACAUACCAUUUUUGUCGAAAGACGUCAGGUUAUCUUAAGGCAAUUAAUUUUCCGAAAGAAUUGACCUCUCCAGUAAUUUGACCAGGCGACAAAUUAAAUCACACCAAAACUACCAUUUUGGGCAAUCGCCAAAAUAUCUCCUCUAAAGGGUCAUUUUCUUCAAUGCAAUAAUAACAUUUUAAUGUUUUUAUCAAUUUUUUACGAAAUGUAUAUACGUGUAAAAAAUAAGAAAUGUAAAUAAUGUGUAAAAUAAGUUCAACUUUAAGAAAA